GACAAGCGCGCUAUAUACUGUAGACGUUACUAAAAUAGUUUUGGUUUGAUGAACAAUUUCGUUAGUCUGGUGAUUGCUCAUCAUUUGAUGGUCAUAUUCAUCUUCACCCAAUAAAGCUUCGGAUAACGUCUUCCAUCUUAUGAAGAUUUGUUUAUGACAAUGUUAACGGUCCUACAAAAGUCUAUAAACCCAGUCAAACAGGAAUGCUAAAAUAAUGCAUGCGAAUGCGGAAAUAAUGCAGAUACCAAGUGGAACAUAUAAAUGCCAAAUACAGCAAAUACAGAGAAUGUACUACGUAUACUUGUAUCCACUGAUAAUCAUGUGGGAUAUGCGGAAAAAGACGGUUUAAGAGGUCAAGACUCUUUCCGAACUUUUGAAGAGAUACUCAGCCUUGCUGUCUUGCACAAUGUAGACUUGAUCUUAUUUGGUGGAGAUAUAUUUCAUGAAAGUCGACCUUCUAUGCGAUCUUUGCAUGAAGUUAUGCGUCUUCUUCGCCUUUAUUGUUUGGGUGACAAACCCGUUGAGUUUGAAUUACUUAGUGAAGGCAAAACAGUAUUCGCUAAUACAGCAUUCCAAAAUGCAAACUAUUUAGAUAGUAAUUUCAAUGUUGGAAUUCCUGUGUUCACCAUCCAUGGAAACCAUGAUGAUCCUUCAGGUCCUGGUGGUUUAUGUGCUGCUGACUUACUACAUACUGCUGGUUUAAUAAAUCUUUUCGGAAAGUUUGCAUCUGUGGAAAGAAUUGAUUUGACUCCUAUUUUAUUGCGUAAGGGUAAAACACGUGUAGCUUUAUAUGGUCUUGGCUCUGUUCGAGAAGAGAGACUUCAUCGAUUGUUUCUAAAUAAUGGUGUAACUUUCUAUCGUCCUACUGAAUCUGUAGAUGACUGGUUCUCAGUCUGUACUGUUCAUCAAAAUCGUGUUCAACAUGGGCCUACAAAUUAUUUACCUGAACAUUUCCUACCGGAUUUUUUAGACCUUGUUAUUUGGGGACAUGAACAUGAAUGCCGUGUUGAACCUGAAUGGAACUCCUCAAAAAACUUUUAUGUUGUUCAACCUGGUAGUUCUGUAGCCACCGCUCUCUCUGACGGUGAAGCUCAAGAUAAAGCCGUUGCACUACUGGAAGUGAGAGAAAAAGAGUUUAAGAUCACACGUUUACCUUUGCUCACUGUCAGACCAUUUCUAUUCCAAGAUCUAGUGUUGCAAGAUCAUGUACCGAAAUUGGAUCCUAAUGCAUUUGAUAUAAUGAAACAGGUCGAAAGUGUGUGUGAUAAACUUAUUGAAUCAGAGAUAAGUAAGGCUGUAGCUUUUUCAGCUAAAGCUUUGGCAAGCGAAUUGAAAUCGAACUCUGAUAAUUCAGUUGAUACUAAUGAGUGCGAAUCGAAUGAAAAGGUCAAAAUAUUAUCAACUCAGAGAUUACUUCCUCCAGCGGAGCCUCUUAUACGACUUCGUGUCGACUUGAGUGGUGGAUUUGAAUCGUUUAGCACAUUAAGAUUUGGUCAGAAGUUUGUUGGUCGUGUUGCUAACCCUAAAGAUUUAAUCGUUUUUAAUCGUAAUCGUGAAAAAUUGGCUGCUGCACAAGCGAAUCGCGCUUUAAAAUCUGGUUUACAUAAUAGUACUGUCUGUGAUGAUACAAAUGAAAUGGAAAUUGACAAUAAAAAAGUUGGAUUAGACUCUGCUGAAGUUGAAGAGCUUGUACGUCAUUACUUGAUACAAAUGGUUCAGUCUAAAGGACAAGCAUUAUCAGAAGAAUUAACUUGUGGACUAAGCUUAUUUACUACACAUGAACUUGAACGUGGACUCCGACAAUAUGUAGACCAUGGUAUUUCUGAUGCUAUCAAUCAUACUUCUUUGUCUAUCCUUAACAAAACACUUCGUCAUCUCAGAAUGCGUAAAGCUCCAGAAGAACGUAUUAUCGCCGACAUUGUAUCUUUUUGUUGUGCUAGAAGUGCUAAAUUAGCAAAGAAUCAAGACAGUGACAAUGAAGAAAAUGAAGAUAGUCCCACUAAACAAUCUACUAAUCCAAAGAGUCAACCCAAAACAAACCCUAAGUCAGUUGAGCGUCAGGCAUUGGAAUGGAGUCUUGAGGAGGAUGAAGAUGAACAACAACAUAUACAAGAUAAUUUGACAGCAGAAGUAGUUCAAGUGAACAAAACCCGUGGUAAAGUCACUUCACAGAAAAGACAACCAACUAAUACUAAGAAGCCUGUACACAAAAGUCAAGUUCUACUUGAUUCAGAAAAUGAUUUCAGCGUAGAUUCAGACAAUGAUGAAGCUACAACACUAGCAGAUAUGGUGGAAGAUGUAUCAUCAGAUGUUGAAAUAAAUUCUUCUCCAGUCAAUCCCCCAAAAAUUGAUAUCAUACAGAAAACAACUAGUCGACGCGGACGUGGGCAAGGUGAAAGUGGUGGUAUUAAUCGUGCUUCAACUGUUGGCGGUUCAACUAGAGGCAGAGGAAAUAAUCGCAAAGUUGGUACAAAGUCAGCAGGAUCAGCUGACGGUGACAAAAAUGAUCAUCUUGAUUUUGAUUUUCGUCGAAAACGUAAGAAAGUUGAGUGAAACUUUGUCUUUUUCUACUUACUUUAGAGUUUAUUAAUAGUCAUUUUGUCUGAUUUCUUUCUAUCUAAUGAGAUUUAUGUACUUUUUUCGCUGUAAAGAUUAUAUGUACAGACCAUGUGUAGAUAAAGCAAAGAGAUUUUCUAUCGA